AUGAAUUUGAUAGGUGGUGGUUUAGAAUGGGAUCAAUUUAGUCCAACACUCUCAAGCGAUACAAUGAAAACCAUUGAGAGUCUUGGAUUUACCUAUAUGACACCAGUGCAAUCAUCAUCGAUUCCGUUGUUUCUUACCAAUAAGGAUGUACUCGUAGAAGCUUGCACCGGUUCCGGUAAGACAUUGGCAUUUAUCAUUCCAAUAGUUGAAAUCAUUAAAAAACGUUCCGAUCCACUAAAGAAGACUGAUAUUGCAUCUAUUAUCAUAUCUCCAACAAGAGAAUUAGCAACACAAACAUUUCAAGUUUUACAGAAAUUCAUUUCUCCAGAGAUUGCAACUCAUUUGACAGCACCUUCUUCUACUUUAUCAACAAAUGAAUCAGAUGAAUCGGAUGAACCAUCAUUCAAACAGAUAUUGACAUCGAUAUUAUUGAUUGGAGGUACACCGAUCUACGAUGAUAUUCAACGAUUCAAUAGAGAAGGUGGAAAUAUUAUCGUUGGUACUCCUGGCAGAAUCGAUGAGUUUAUGAGUAGAAUCGAUAAGGAUCAACUCAAGGUGAAGCAAUUCGAAGUGUUGAUUCUCGAUGAAGCGGACCGUCUGUUGGAUAUGGGUUUUCAUUUGACGAUCAAUUCCAUUCUCAAUAGAAUACCAAAGCAACGACGUACAGGACUGUUCUCUGCCACACAGACAAGCGAUGUCAAGGAACUGGCGCGUACCGGUGUCUAUCACCGUCCAGCAAAAGGAUACACUGGAAGUGCAGUCGAUUCCCUCGACACUCAAGAAUCUCUAUACGAUCUGCACACUCGAGGAGAAGUUCAAUCAGUUGGUUCACUUCUUGGUGCAUCACAUCGAUCAAUACAAGAUCAUCGUUUACUUCUUGACCUGUGCAGACGUCGAUUACUUCUAUCGGUUGGUUCGCGAUUUGAAGUGCAUGAAAGACAAGUCGGUGUUUUCACUGCAUGGAAAGGCGCCACACGAGAAACGACAGCUGAUCUUCAACGAGUAUGGCAAGUAAUCGGUAGAACCGCUAGAAUUGGUCGCGAUGGAAAUGCACUGUUGUUCUUGACGCGCGAGGAAGACACCUACAUUGAGUUCAACAAGCUCAGAAAGGUGCCAUUGGAAGAGCGACCGAUUGAGACACCGGCAGAAGACUAUCUUGCACAGGCGAAAAAGAUUGUUAUGACCGAUCGUGACACAAUGGAGAAGGGAACAAUUGCAUUCGUUUCACAUGCUCGUGCAUACAAUGAGCAUCAAUGUUCAUAUAUUUUCGUUCCACACCGACAAGACAUGUAUAAACUCGCUCAUGGUUACGCACUCCUACGUCUACCGGCAAUGCCUGAAUUCAAAGAUAAACCAGAGUCACUCGAGUGGUCGAGUGGAGUAACACUUGAGCAAAUAGAACGUAUUCCAUAUAAAGAUAAGAAACGUGAAAAACAUAGAAAAUCAAAGUUAAAACAAGAAAAAGAAAAACAAAAAGAUAAGAAACAAGAGAAAUUAAAAGAACAAGAAGAAAAGAAAGAAUUGGAAAAAGAAAAAGAAUUACAAAAGGAAAAGGAAAAGGAGGAAAAGGAAAAGGAAGCGGCUAGUAAUGAAAAGAAUUUGUUGACAAAGAGACAGAGAGAGGAGAUUCAACAUCAAAAGGAUUUGGAAGAGAUUGACGAAGAUUUUAAAUUACACAAAAAACUCAAGCGUGGCAAGAUUUCAAAGAAUAAGUUUGAUAAGGAAGAUGAAGACUUGGAACGUCAGAUUGAAUUGGAAAUGAAAGAACAGAAAGAAGCGGAAAAGAAAGAAAAAGAAGAAAAGAAAGAAAAGAAAGAGGCCGAAAAGAAUAACAAUAAUAAAACAAAUAGUAAUAGCACAGAUAAUAGCAAGAAGAAUAAAAAGGUUGAAAAGAAGAUGAAUAACAAAUCAAAGAAACCAAAUCAAUCAAGACAAAAGAAAAUAUCUAAAAGAAAAUAA